AUGGCAAUCACCGUGGGCGUUUUCUUUCAUGGUGUCCUCCUCCUGCUGUUCGUUGUUGGGUCUCACGCCGCUGAUCAACAAGUCACAAGUAUACAAUUUCCGCAUAUCGGUACUGACAACAUCAUGGUUACGUGGAGGGCCCCGAAACAACCGCAGGGUGAAAUAACGUCCUACCACGUCAGGGCUACGAACAGGGAUACAAAGGAACAGGUGAAAUCAGAAACAACAUCGACUGAAACGACAUUCAGUAAUUUGACCCCAUGGACAUGGUACAACAUAUCAUUGGCGACUGAAACCAUGCAGCUUAACGGCAGUUCGCGAGUCGGUGAAGCCCUCAUGAAAGAGGUAUUGACACUUCCAUUGGCCGGUCAACAGGUCACUGAUAUAAAAUUCCAUCACAUCGGCACUGAUUCAAUCACGGUUUCUUGGACGGCCCCUGAACCACCGCAUGGUGAAAUAAAGUCAUACCACGUUACAGCUAGGAAAUUGCUAACAAAGGAGCUGGUGAAGACGGAGACAACGACAAAUGGAACAACGUUGCGUAAUUUGAUUCCGAACACAUGGUACACCAUAUACUUCCAGACUGAAAACAUGCAGCUGAAUGGCCAUGGUGGCGGAGUCGGUGAAGCCGUCGUAAAAACACUCCCGACAGAACCAUUGGGUAAAUUUUGA